UAAUACUUUGGCGUGAUGUCACUCAGGAAGUUGAACCACCCGUUUGUCCCAAUGUCACUUCCUGUGCUGCGUUGCAGUGGUACGGGCCACAUACACCGGAGGCAGACACAGACCCUGAAGGUGCCUUACUAUGUAGGAGCUAGCUUCACCGAGCGAUAUUCUGGAAAAGACCUGAAGACCGCAUCUCCAACCUCAGGAAUAGUUGCUGGAAGGAGACGAAACAGAAGGAAGGCUUGCUGUACCUUGCUCAUCAUUUCGGAGACUGACUUGUACCAAAGGGCUCAGCAGAUGGGAGGCCUACGACUGUCGGAGAUUCAGAUCAGGAUACAGGGAUAAGAACCCACAGACAUACAGAAGGGUACAUUUUAAUGGUGGGCACCAAUAUCUAAAAUUCCCACAGACAUACAGAAGGGUACAUUUUAAUGGUGGGCACCAAUAUCUAAAAUUCCCACAGACAUACAGAAGGGUACAUUUUAAUGGUGGGCACCAAUAUCUAAAAUUCCCACAGACAUACAGAAGGGUACAUUUUAAUGGUGGGCACCAAUAUCUAAAAUUCCCACAGACAUACAGAAGGGUACAUUUUAAUGGUGGGCACCAAUAUCUAAAAUUCCCACAGACAUACAGAAGGGUACAUUUUAAUGGUGGGCACCAAUAUCUAAAAUUCCCACAGACAUACAGAAGGGUACAUUUUAAUGGUGGGCACCAAUAUCUAAAAUUCCCACAGACAUACAGAAGGGUACAUUUUAAUGGUGGGCACCAAUAUCUAAAAUUCCCACAGACAUACACGCAUAUAAUUUAAUUCUACACACAAAUCACAAUUGCUGCUGCCAGACUCUUAUUAUGAUUGCUAAAUACUGCACAAUUUAAACACUUGCCCCCAAAUCCCCCCUUCCCCAAAACAUGUAAAUAUUGGACUAUAGAUUGUUCCUUCCUGUAUUAUACUUUUGGUCAAAUGUUUAUUCUCUUCUACUGAGCCAUUUACUUUAUGUUGGUAUUCUUAUAUUUUAUUAUUUCUUAUUGUUGUUGCAUUGUCCAGAAGGAAGAUGCAAGUAAGCAUUUCAUUGGCUGGUGUAUACCACAUGUAUCCUGUAUGACUAAUAAAACUUGAAAAAUAUAUCAGUAUCGCUUGAUACUGUUUUGACCUCAAUAUUGUUUGAUUUGGGUUUGAUAUCGAUAUGAGCAAGACAUAUCACGCUAUCCUUCCUGUUAACCUAUGCUAUUAUGUUUUUUUUAAAGCAUAAAUGACUGUUUCUGCAUGCACAAAAUCCUCUCGCAGAUGUUCACAUGCUCUCAACUUUAUAUACUUAACGUGAGCAUUUGUCUCCAAUAAAACAAUUGCUUGGACAUGUGGUGCGGCAGGUAGCCUAGUGGAUAGUGUUGGGCCAGUAACCGAAAGGUCGCUGGUUAGAAUACCCAAGCUGACAAGGUGAAGUAUGUCUGUGCCCUUGAGCAAGGCUCAAGGGGCGCCGUACUACCAUGGCUGACUCUGUAAAACACAUUUUACUGCAUCUGUGACAAUACAUUUGUUUUUUUCUGGUUUCGGCAAUUUAGUUGAUUUGGCAAUGUGAAACCAACCGGACCAAAUGUAAAUAAAAUACUAUAGCUCAGAA